AUGCAGGGCCAUGAGGCAUCGGGCCCCGGUGCGCUUGCAGGCCUACCCUCUACGCUGAGAACGGUGAUAGGCAGCCCGACGACGUCACCGCUCGGGUUCAUUUCUUCGACCGUUCCACCUAUACAAACCCCAACGGCCUUGUCGCGACAACAAAUCGAGGCGAACCUGCAAUAUGUGCUCAAGACGCUCUCCUCAGAAUAUGACAGUGGGCGCAUGGUUGCUUCGGGUGGCGACUCGUCCGGCUCAACCGGCUCAACCACCAGAGGCUAUACCAAUCGUGGCCGGAUUAUGCUAGAUCGGAUGGGCCGACCGGGCGAGUAUGAUGAUGAACAAGCAUUUGCGCGGGAAGAGGAAGCGGCUCUGGAAGAGAUGGAUGAUCUCUCACGGUCGGAAUAUUUGCGAGCGAAAGCUUUCGUUCAAGCCAAUCCACCCGAAUCGAUGCAAACCGAUAUUUCCCUGUCACAAUUCCUGGCCAUUCAAGAAAAAGGUGUCUCAGCGUGGGAAUUUCAGGCUGAGCUGGAAAUUGCCAACUGUUUUGUGGAAGGUCGCACAGAGAUUGAGUUCUUCGAUUCAGAGUGCAGUGUGCAAACCAAUCUACCCGUACCCAAGCAAAAUGAGGUUUACUACUGGGAAGCGAAGAUUUACGACAAACCGGAGUCGACCAUGAUUGGCGUAGGCUUUACCACCAAGCCUUACCCUCUUUUCCGAAUGCCUGGUAUGGAUAUUGUGUACCUGUUACAUGGGGCUUCAUCCAAACUAACCGACUCUCUAGGUUUCCACAAGACUUCUGUUGCCUAUCAAUCAACUGGCCAUCGCAGACACAAUCAACCCUUCGCUCCAACUCCGUAUGGACCUCCGCUCCUUCAAGGCGACGUGAUCGGUGUUGGAUACCGCCCUAGGUCGGGCACGAUCUUCUUCACCCGAAACGGCAAGAAAUUGGAGGACGUGGCCCACAACUAUCGCAACCAGAACCUAUUCCCGACCAUUGGGGCGAACGGCCCCUGCAACGUGCAUGUUAAUUUUGGUCAAAUGGGGUUCGUAUUCAUCGAAGCUAAUGUUAAAAAAUGGGGGUUGGCCCCCAUGACUGGCAGCCUCGCACCGCCCCCACCCUAUGGCAGUGAACAUGGCAGCAUCUUGCUCGAGUCCGGGCGAGAGAGCGCGGCCACGAUUUCUCAGCGUGUUUAUCAAACCCACACUGCGAGAAGUUCCAGCAUCGGAUUUCCCCAGGCGGUCAGUCCUGGCCCGAUCCGCUCUCCAACUGAUAUUUCCCUUGCCCAGUUGACCCACAUUCCUUCAAAUGAGGAUGCUGGUGAGGGAUCCAGUCGCAUUGCCGAUGGUGAUGAAAGUGUCACCAUUGGACCUCCAUUGCAUGGAGUUCCUGACGAGGAUGAAGCUCCACCUCCGGAAUACUCAAGUCCUGGAAGCAGUCGCAGAGGUAGCGACGCUUCGCUAGAUUUUCACUCAGCCUCGGAUCAAUUCGGCCCUCCCUUGGAUUCUACUCAGCAUGAAUUUCAAAACUUGCCGAGCUAUCAAGCGGUGAUAGAUCGAGAAUCUAACAAUCUCCAUGAGUGA